AUGGGGGUUUUGGGGGCUAAGCCAAAAGAAAAAGGGAAUGACGCAAUCUACGCCCUAACAAAGGAUAAAAACCAAGAACUCCGAAUUGAUCUCCAGAGACAUAACGGAGAACAGACCUAUACUGUGUAUACCACAUUUUACAUCGGGGAUGAAAACAAUAAGUAUACUCUGACAGUAUCUGGAUACAACGGAAUAGGGGGUGACAGUUUAUCGUAUAACAAUGGAAUGAAAUUUACUACAAAAGAUCAGGACAAUGACUGGAGUGGUGGUAACUGUGGUGUAUCAUAUUACGGAGGGUGGUGGUACAAGGACUGUGCCCUUGGGAAUCUAAACGGACUGUACGGACAGUCUGGGGUGUAUGGUUGGCAAUACAUGACAUGGUAUUACUAUGCAGCAACAACUGAGACAUUUAAACAGACUUCGAUGAUGGUUAGAAACAAAAACUAG